AUCGUCUUCCUUUGCUCUCUCCGUUUAAAGUUUACUCUGUGGUGGGGACAUGUAUUUGGUUUGGUUUGAAUGGUUUUAGACCAAACCAACUUCCCCAUAUUUUAAUCAAAAUCUUUGCUUUAAGAUUCUCAACGAUCACUGAUCUUACUUCAUCUUUGACAAUCCUGGUGCGCAACGAAAAUCUUCUGAUUGAUUUUGGAAAAAAAACUGAUGUUUUUAUCAUGUCUCUAAUCGGUUCACAAGAUCAAUACGCUAGAAGAUACCAAAAUCUUGACCUUUACAAGCUAAAGAAGAAGACUCAGGCCAAUACCUCUGAAGAGAACAUGCGGAUGUACGCUGACGAAUCAUACUUGUUCCUUGGUGAAGAACCUUUAUGUUUGUCAAACCUUGAGGCUCAGUAUUUGCAAAGCCCGAGCCCCAAUGACCCUAUUCGAUAUUAUGAUGAAGACACCAUGAAAUUGAAGUUUCAAGAAUUUGAAAGUGUACUUUUUGAUGACGAUUCGUUUGGCCAAGGAAUGGAGAUUGAUGGAAUGCUAAACGAAUCCCCAAAGGAAUCUUCACCAUCAAAUUCAUCCAAUCUCACUAGCAUCAGCAACAGCAGCAACAAUAACAACAGUAGUAGCAAGGAAUUGCUUUUUGAUUGUGCCACCUUGAUUUCUGAAGGAAACAUCCGUGAAGCUUCGAUCAUGAUAGACGAUCUAAGGCAGAGAUUCUCAAUCCAAGGAGACCCGUCUCAGAGGAUCGCUGCUUACAUGGUGGAAGCUCUCGCUGCUCGUUUAGCUGCCUCGGGGAAAGGUCUUUAUAAAGCAUUGAAAUGCAAAGAGCCUCUUACGAAUGAUCAAUUAUCGGCAAUGCAAGUCCUUUUUGAGGUUUGCCCGUGUUUUCGAUUCGGGUUCAUGGCGGCAAACGGGGCUAUUAUCGAAGCAUGUAAAGGCGAAAGGAAAGUUCAUAUAAUAGAUUUCGACAUUAAUCAAGGAAGUCAAUAUAUAACCCUUAUACAAACUCUCGCUAAGCUACCAGGUAAAAAAAUCCAUUUGAGGCUAACCGGAGUCGACGACCCUGAAUCUGUUCAACGGUCAAUCGGAGGUCUAAAACUCAUCGGUCAAAGGCUUAAGAUGUUAUCCGACGAUUUGAAACUACCGUUUGAGUUCCAUGCCGUCCCAUCCAAAAUUCAACUCGUUUCCCCCGCAAUGCUGAACUGCAUUCCAGGGGAAACCCUUAUCGUAAAUUUUGCCUUCCAACUUCACCACAUGCCAGACGAAAGCGUUUCAACUGUCAAUCAUCGGGACAGGCUUCUCCGGAUGGUGAAAAGCAUGAACCCUAAGCUCAUGACAGUUGUUGAACAAGACAUGAAUACGAACACGUCUCCCUUCUUACAGAGGUUUUCUGAGGCCUAUGAUUACUACUCCGCGGUUUUCGACUCGCUCGAGGCGACUCUUCCCAGGGACAGUCCCGAUAGGUUAAACGUGGAGAAUCAGUGUUUGGCUCGUGAUAUUGUAAACGUCGUUGCUUGUGAAGGAGAAGAGAGAAUCGAACGUUACGAAGUAGCUGGGAAAUGGAGGGCUCGAAUGACAAUGGCGGGAUUUGUGUCGUGUCCAAUGAGUUCUAAUGUGAACGACUCCAUUAGGAAACUCAUAAAGCAGUAUUCGGAAAGGUUUACCUUGAAGGAAGAAACAGGGGCUCUACACUUCGGUUGGAAGGAUAGAAUCUUGGUUGUUGCAUCGGCUUGGAGGUAAAAGAGAAUUAUGCAUUGAUUUUAUCUUAUCUAGCUUUAGAUUAAAGCCUAGUUAGUUGUAAUAGUAAGUUGACGACUUGUUUAUCUCAGUGGUAGAGCAUAAGUCUUCGUACUUAAACUAUUUUAACCCCCAAAAAAAUGUAGUAGUAGUAGUAAUAAGUAAAAGUAAUAUGUAGGAACUUGGAUUUCUUUUGUUAAACAAGAAGAGGAUGCAUAUAUUCAAUCCUGCCUCUCUAUUUCUCUUAUGUAACACAUUUCAAAGUGCUUAUUGAAGCUAUAUAUGUAGAAGUUAUUAUCUUUAUA